CACUCGCUGUGAUACAAAAUUAUAGAUAAUAGUCUUUAAUACGUCUUGAGUGCGCCACGCAUUCAGUGCAUGACCUCUACGUCCUUCACCUGUCACCUCACACCACCACUCCAAAAAUAUUAGCCGGUAUAUUCGAGAUAAAUCAUCUUUUGGCACCCGUAUUCCGUCACAAGUGCAUGUUUCCCAACUAGAGGUCAUUCAGGGUGACAGCGUCAUAGAUACGUAAACUAUUUCCAUUCAUUUGACCACCAGCAAGCCACUACUUCGUUACCAUGGCUCUGAAACACACCGUCAAGCUUUUCGCCGUGAACAAAAACGGGUGCGCCGUCUUUACCCAAAGGGCGAACUCGUGGUGGUCCCAAGUGGAGAUGGGCCCUCCCGAUGCCAUUUUGGGUGUAACUGAAGCCUUCAAACGCGAUACCAACCCCAGUAAGAUAAAUCUAGGAGUAGGCGCCUACAGAGACGACAACGGUAAACCAUAUCUCCUUCCAAGUGUACUCAAAGCCGAUGAAAAAUUGAGGGCACAGAAACUGGAUAAGGAGUACGCCCCUAUCGCUGGUAACCCCGAAUUUUGCAAACUUGCGAUUUCGUUGGCUCUUGGAGACAACUCAGAGGUUAUAAGCAACGGUUUGAACGCCACUGUGCAGAGCAUCUCCGGCACGGGCGCGCUGCGAGUGGGGGCUGCCUUCCUCAACAACUUCUUCCCAGGCAACAAGACUGUGUACUUACCCAAACCCACGUGGGGCAACCACACCCCCAUUUUCAAGCACUCGGGGCUCAACGUGGGGGCCUACACGUUCUACGAGCCGCAGUCGUGCGGGUUCGACUUCCAGGGGGCCCUGAAUGACAUUUCCAAAAUCCCCGAAAAAUCCAUCAUUCUGCUCCACGCUUGCGCCCACAACCCCACCGGGGUCGACCCCUCCCCCGAGCAGUGGAAGGAGCUGUCCCAGGUGGUCAAAAAGCGCAACCUCUUCCCGUUCUUCGACAUGGCGUAUCAGGGCUUCGCCUCCGGGGACAUCGACCGGGAUGCUCAGGCCGUGCGCCUCUUCCUCAAGGACGGCCACAAGAUGGUCUUGGCGCAGAGCUUCGCCAAAAACAUGGGCUUGUAUGGCGAGAGGGCGGGGGCUUUCUCUGUCAUUGGUGACAGCAAGGACGAGGCUGACAGAGUCAUGUCGCAAGUCAAGAUUUUGAUUCGUGCCAUGUACUCGAACCCGCCAAUCAACGGCGCCCGUAUCGUAGCUACCAUCCUGAGCGACCCCAGUCUGCGCGCUGAUUGGCUCAAGGAGGUGAAGGGGAUGGCUGACCGCAUCAUCGGGGUGCGCACGCAGCUGCGCGAAAACCUGAAGAAGGAAGGGUCGUCGAAGAACUGGCAGCACAUCACCGACCAAAUCGGGAUGUUCUGCUACACGGGGAUGACGCCCCCACAGGUGGAGAAGCUGAUCAAGGAGCAUAGCGUGUACUUGACCAAAGACGGGAGGAUUUCCAUGGCGGGGGUGACGUCCAAGAACGUGGAUUAUCUAGCGCGUGCCAUGCAUCAAGUAACCAAAUAAGGGGCGGAGCCAAGCGCAUUUUAUUAGCAUUUACGAAGUAUUAUGCUUUAAGUAUACAAAAAAACACUGUACAUUUUACAAGUCAGAUUUAAUAAAAUAGAUAUUUAUAAAAUACAACUUUAAAUACAACUUGAACACAAUCUUAAUACGUUUGUCGCUCAAUAAAAUUUAAACUAUACAAAA